AUGGUUGGCCUAGGGCCGAGUGAUAAAGGAUGUGGUUCCUUUGAUGUGUGUAUAGUGGCACGUGAAACUACACCGAGUGUGGUCGGCCGUGAGAGCACCGCACUGAAUGUCGGUAAUGACAUUUUUGGCCACAUGUCAUUUAGUGUGGGCGGACGUGAGGGCACCACGCUUAACGCCGGUAAUGGCGUUGUUGGCGAUUCGCCAUAUAGUGUGGGCGGCCGUGAGGAUACCACACCUAAUGUCAAUAAUGACAUUGUUGGCGAUACGCCGUAUAGUGUGGACGGCCAUGAGGGCACCACGCUUAACGCCGGUAAUGGCGUUGUUGGCGAUACGCCGUAUACUGUGGGCGGCCGUGAGGGCACCACACCUAAUGUCAGUAAUGAUACUGUUGGCGAUACGCUGUAUAGUGUGGGCCGUGAGGGCACCACACCUAAUGUCAGUAAUGAUACUGUUGGCGAUACGCCGUAUAGUGUGGACGGCCGUGAGGGCACCACACCUAAUGUCGGUCAAGACAAAAGCUCUCGUAGAGAGCGUCUCGAAGAGACGAUCGAGACGCCGGGUAGCAGCUUUUAA